AUGAAUAUAAUCAUUGAAACCAUUGAACCAUUUAUUAAAGACAAUAUAGACAAUCAAACUACAUCAAAUGUAUCCAUUCAAAAUCCUUCUAGUAAAUUAUCCAUAUUGAAUAAUGAUUUACAGAAUACUUCAAUGACUUCAUCAACAAUUAAUCAUUUUUCUCCAACAAUAACAUUAUCACAUAAUGAUAAUAAAGUAUUAAAUUAUUCUAAUCUAAUGAAUAUUGUACAAAAUCAAUCAUUUAAUCCAAUCAAAUGUUUUUAUAAUAAUAUAGAACAAAUAUAUGAAAGUAAACAACAACAACAACAACAACAUCAACAAUCACCAUCAUCUCAACAUUCACAUUUUCAUUAUCAACAAGAUGAUCAGAAAGUAUCACAAAUUAUUGAUUUCACACCAUUUGUAGAUCCAAAACAUUAUGAUACAAAUUUAUUAGAUUUCAAUCAGAUUAAUAAUUAUAAUCAUAAUCCUUUUGGUAAUGAUACAAUUCUAUCAGGCUUGCACUUAACAUCAUCAUCAUCACCAUCAUCAUCAUCAUUAUCAUCAUUACAACAAACACCAGUGAAUUGCAUUACAGGGAUUAAUUCAACAAGUCAAUGGAUGUUUUCACAUAAUCAUUCAUUAAUACAAUGUUUUGUUUGUCGUCAGCCUAUAAUAAAUACCAGUGGAAAUGAUGAUGGGAUUGGUAGUGGUAAUAAUGUAAUUGAAAAUCUUGUCAAACAUUUAACAAUUACACAUAUGUUACCAUUGCCAAUUGUUAUGAAUUAUGUAAUAGCAUAUAUGACUGAGAAAUUCACUGAAUAUAACCCGAUUGAUAUAAGAAAUAAAGUUAAUAAUAAUGAUAAUUCUAUUAUUGAGUCUAUAACAACAUCACAUACUACUGUCAAUACAAAUGAUACUACUGUUACUACUAAAAAUAGUCUAAAUACACAAAAGUUUGUAAAUAAAUUAAAUAUUGAUCCAUCAUGGAGUAAUGUUUAUAGUAGUGAGAAUGAUUUACCUUUUAAUAUACCGAAUGUCUUGUACAAAGAUUGUAAAUUAAAUCAAUGUGAAGCUGAGAAUUUGGAAAAUUUCUCUUUAAAAGUUCCAUUACAUAUAAAACCACCGCCACCACAAUCACAACCACUUCCAUUGACAGCAGUCAUACAACCAUCAUCGGGCACUGGAUAUGAUCUUCACGAACAUGUUAACAAAAAUUGUUGGAUAUGUCCACAAUGUAAUAUACAGUUUAAUAAUUUUCAACAAUUUCAUUUACAUUUUACACAAAAUCAUAAUUCAUUAUUAUCAGAUCCGAAUUUGUUCAAUUUCACUGAAGGCAAUUUAUUCAAUAAUAAUAAUAAUAGUACUAGUAAUAAUAAUAAUAAUAAUAGUAACAGUUCAAAUUCAUUAUUAUCACCACAAGUGUUAUUGUCAGCGAUUCAACCGAAAUCGAUUAACACAGCAAUGAUCAAUCGUUCAUUGGCUACUGGAAAUAAUAAUAGUACCGAAAAUAUAUCCCUGAUGCCUGUAAUUAAUGAGGUAUUGAAUGAUUGUAGUGAGUGGUUAAGAAAUUAUAAUCAAACUCAUAAAAAUACAAAUGAAUUCAAUUUAUUAACUAAUACAUCUAUGGUUCAAACAAAUUUCGCAGCAUUGGCAGCCGCUACAGUAGCUGCAUAUGGAUGUUUGCCUGGAUCAAAAAAAUAUGAACAAUUACAUAAUACAACAUCAAUGAAUGAGUUUGAUUCGAAUCUCUUCAGUUUAUCGACUUCAAAUGAAAUGAUGAAUACUAUUAGUUCACCUAUUGAAAUAUUAAACAGUACUUCUAUGAUUACUACAUCUACCCCUUGUAAUCUUAGUACUACUAGUAGCAUCAACAGUAGCAUUUGUAGUAGUAUUAGUAGUAGUACUGAUAUGACUAUGAGAAACAUUCGAAGUCAAAUGAAUAUAAACGAACAGAAGAGAAGAUUGAAUGAAUCCCUACAUGCAUGUAAACCAUAUUUGUCCGAAGCGAAACGCACAAAAUGUGAAGAGAAUGAAAACCAUAAUAUUGAAGUAAUUGGAUUGACUAGUCAAAAACAAGGAAAUUUAAUGGAAAGUCAUAAACCAUUGGACAAAAUUCUAUGA